GUUAAUUUUGAAAUAAAUUUUAAAUCUCUAUUCCAUUUUGUUGAUGAAACGCGUUGUUACUUAAAAUGUCUUUGCAAAAACACUAACACACGGAAUAAUUAAAAGAAGUAAUACAGGAAAAUAACCUUUACUGCAAAGUAAUCGAAUUAAAAGUUGUUAUGAACAAGUAAUUUAUUUACUAAGAGCUGAAUAUGUCGAACCCAGAAGAGAAUGUGCCAAAAACCAAUGGUUUGGGAUCCGACCCAAUGCAAAGAUUAGCUUCGUUUAAAGCUCCACGAGAUCUCUCUUUAGGAGGUGUAAAACCUAACAAGAAAGUAUUUAUACCAAAUUUAAACGUUACUAGAAAUAAGAAUAAAGGAUCUCUAAAUGUAAAUGCCCGUGACCAUAAAAAAGAUGACAAAGGGCGUAAAGAUCGCAAAAACGAUAGAAAUAAAAACUUUAACAAAAAUGGUCCCAAUGUCAUAAAGUCUAGUGGAGUGUUUUCUGAAGGUUUGGGUAGUGCAGAGCGUCAUCAUUCGGCUAGGUUUUCUUAUGGAAGAGAUUCGGAUAGUGGUGGCACUGCAGCAUUGCAAAAACCAACUAUAAGAGUCAAAGAUGUAAUCAAGAUUGACAAAGAGUUGGAAGAGCAGAAGAUUAAAUCUGUGCUAGGCGAUAAUUCUAUUUUAGAUGAUGAUGUUAAUGAGGAUUUCAAGAAUGUUAAUGAGAGAGAUGCACCCAUCAAACUGCCUAUGGAUGACGGAGGGUGGUCAGUUAAGAAAGGAAAGUCUGCUGUGGCUAUUAAGCAGGAGGUGAUCGUGAAAGAUGAACCAAAAGACGAUGUAGAUUGUGCCAUUACAUCGGUGAAUCAAAAAGCAGUUGUGGAUGUGAAGAAGGAAGUUUUUGAAGAUACUGACGUUGUCAACAUACUCAGGAACGAGAAACCAACGCUUAUUUUAUUGCAGUUACCGAAUGCCCUGCCCGGUCGCGGAGGCACGGUGGACGAUGAGCCAAGACGGAAGCAAACAGAACCAUCCACCUCCACUGAAGAUAAUGACGAGAAACCGGUGGACAAUAAGUGUCGGUUGGCAGAUCUAGAAGAGGGUAAAAUUGGCAAACUGCGAGUACACAGGUCGGGCCGGGUCACUCUGUCGCUGGGAGACACCAUUUUUGAGGUUUGUUCCGGCACUAAAGCAGCAUUCCACCAAGAAGUGGUCUCUCUAGCUGUGGACGAUAACUCGCGCUCCGCUAACCUUAUAGCCGUAGGAGAUCUGCAGCACAAACUCAACCUCAUGCCCGACUGGGAAACCAUGUUCCAAGAUAUGCCUGCGUAAUCUCAUCUCUAUAUACCUGCUGCUUGUGUUAUAAUUUGUGCUUGUAAAUAUAUAAUUAAAC